AUGCCCAAAAUCCGUCGUCAUAACCGUCGUUCAUCUCGUCGCGUAUCUCCGCCAAAAGAUAGCGACUUCGACCAUGAAAUCACCUUGGUAAACAAGGAAGACGUCUCGCCAACCAGCUCCAGGGAAUCUCUUGCGCACACAAACACAAACGGGGACACUCGAACAGCCCCAGAGCCUUCCGGUUCCCGCCGACAGAAACGGCUCUCCGUCUCUACCGACUCCCGAUCCGGAGUAGAGGACGGAGAUGCUACUCCACAUCGCAUCGAAACAAGCGAGGGUACCGCAAUCGCAGACAAUGACGUGAAGGCUACGGCACCGCCGGAUGGUCCAUCCGUCUACGUCCAACAACCCACUCCUGACCCUAACGAAGUCGAACGGAAACUAUCCUUCCCAUCCCUCAAGUCCAAGCCCUCCAAGGCUUCGAAGGUCUCUAGGGCCUCCCGCGAGACCAAUGGCAGCACCCGUCGAAAAUCCCUAACCACCCCCGAAUCCGCCAUCGACAUCCUCUACGAAAACCAGCGGGGCGGUUUCCUCUGCGGCAUACCCCUCUUCUCCUCCAAAGCUCUCGGCAACCUCGAUCCGCCAGCGUGGACCAACUUUGCACACAAGGCCUCCCCAACAGACAUCACCAACGCGCAGGUUCCCGAUCCGUCCUGGGAGUGGGUGUGGGCCGAGUGGCACAUAAACCAUGAAAAGGACUACGCCGACGAAGAAGGGUGGGAGUACAGCUUUGCGUUCUGGAAGAAAUUCUCAUGGCACCGGCCAAAAUGGUGGAACUCGUUCGUAAGAAGGAGGGCCUGGAUACGAAAACGGGUGAAAAAGGCAGCCGGGUAUGAUGCUCUGCGUGAGGGACAGGACCCCUCCAUGCUCAACCCGGAGUACUUCACUGUCCGGGCUUCGGCAGAAAUGAACAGGGAGAGGAGCCGCAGUCGGAGCAAGAGCAGGACGCGCAGCAAGAGCCGCAGUCCCAGUCGGGCUAGCACGCUGAUGAACUCGCGCCGGAGCCGGGCGAGUAUGCGGAGUAUUUCGGAGGCGCUUGAUGAGAGGGAUGAGAUGGUGGAGGAUAUUGAGGAUGUGGAACAGCUGCUUGCUGUGCUGAGGGAGUGCAGGAUUGAUCGGGAAAAGAUCGAGGCGGUUGAUAAUUACCUGGCGCACGCCGAUGACAACCUGGAAGGGCUGACAGGCGUUAUGCACGAUAUCAUGUCCAUGUUCAUCUUCCAAGCUUCGAGACGGACGCUCUUGGCGAGACUUACGGAGGUCUAUGACAAGGCUGUCGAGGAGCGGGAGCGGAAGGAGAAGGAACAGGAAGAGAGGCAAGAGAAGGAAAAGAAGAACAAGGGCAAAUCCGCCGAGGAGAAUGCCACUUCUCCAACAGACGGAGCGAUGUCCUCGCCAGGAUCACCACCCCUCAGCCCCGAAGAACUCGAAGAGAAAAAGUCCCGACGAGAAGAGAACCUCCACCAGGCCGUUAAGAGAGCCGACGAGGAAGUUAGACGUCUUGAGUUCUGGAGCGAUGUCAAGGAGAUGGUCAUUGAGGGAGAGACCAAGGGCGGCGUCGAUACCGAUAAGGGUUGGGAUCCUAGCUGGCAGGGCGUGGAUAAUUCGGGACCAGCACAGCCACCAGCGCCGAUGCAUGAGGAUGCUCAGUCGAAGUAG